AUGAACUUCUACUUUUCAUCUGAAAUAUUCAAUCAUUCACUGGUGGAAAUACUGUUAUUAAAGGCUGCAUAUUUUCCAACUAAACUUAGAAUUGCGGCUCUACCCGAUACCAAAACCAUAGAAAUUCAAAAAAUCAACAACACAACCAUUAUCUCGGGUAAGGAUGGCGAACUUAUAAAACUAUUGUCACAUGCGCUAAAUUUCGAAUAUGAGAUUUUUGUUCCCUCAGACAAUUCGUACGGUUCCAAGGAUGCAUUCGGAAACUGGACAGGAAUGAUUGGAAUGCUCGUAAGGAAGGAAGUGGACAUGGCAUUCAGCUAUAUAAUUAUUACCGAAGAGAGGUCAUCUGUUGUAGAUUUCAGCGUACCUUACUACAAUCUUGAAAAAACGUUUCUGAUGAAUCACGCUUCUUUCUUGCCAAAAACAGCAGCGUUCACGUAUCCUUUCAGCAGACUCACAUGA